GGAUAUAAACACUUCUUUGAAACUGGUAUUAUAUUAAUGGCAAGUGUUUUUUCAUAUUGGAUGCAAGAUAAUUUCACAUCCAGUAAACCAAGUUUUUUCAGAUCACAAGAUGCAGGGCUAUGGGCUUGCCUGUUGUUACCCAGUGUUGCUAAUGGCAUGGAAACAGAAGAUAGAAGUUUAUUAUGGUGUCUAGUUAUGGUAACAUUGGUGAAUUACGUGUACAGUGAAGGUAAGGCAAUAUCAAGGACAUGGCAGGUGUGUGUAGUGCUGAUGUCAGCUUGUCUAACACUAGAUACCAUUUAUCAUAAACCACUAGAUGCAGUUGCUAUGGUAAUUUGCUGUUUUAUAUACAUGUAUAUGUUGUUGAACGUGUCAUCAUGGUUCAGGAAAAGUUUUACCUUCGGGGAAGCAUCUAUAGUCUUACAGUUACAUAUCUGUCAAAUAUACAGAGGUCUCAGAAAUAUCCAGACUUCAGAUCCUCUGGAAAAAAUGGCAGUUGUUGUGUAUAUGGGAUUACAUAUAGCAAUAUUGUGUUUGUACCUGUUGUCAAGGAAACCAUGUGGGACUGUGUUAUUAUGGGUUGUCAUGGCAAUGAUAGGGUUAGCUUAUCUCAUUGUAGCAGGUGUCUUUUAUCUGAAGGUGGCUGAUUUAUACAGGUUACUUGACAAUGUCAUAGCAACUAAUGUAUCUGCUGUUCUUCUUUGUUGGUGGUUUCUGUGGCUAAUAACCAGUGUGAUGCUUGUUUGUUACCAUGGCAACAAGGGGUCAAAUUUUAUAUGCAGAAAACUGUCCAAUCAAUCUACAGCAGCAACAGAAGAGAAAUCAGUUUAUGAAAAUGUUGAAGCUGAAGAUAUAUCAGGUCAUACAUGUUCUCACACAGACCCUGACGAGAAAUAUAAACAAGUUAACCCCGGGGUCACAGGCAUUAACACAACAAAUAAAUCAUACACUAAAACUAAGAGUAAGAAGGUGAAAGUUGAGGAGUCUGGAAGUGGAGACACCACAUCAGUGAGGAAGUUGUUUCAUGUCGCUAUGAUAUGUGUAUAUAUACCAGGACUGUUGUUGAGUCCAAGUCUCCUAUAUCUAGCUUCCAUCGUCAUUGCUGCAGUACUUAUUAUCACAGAGGUUAUCCGAGUGUUGAAAUUACCUCCCUUUGGCCCUAUACUUGACCAGUAUCUAUGGGUGUUUCUGGAUGAUCAAGACACUGGUGACCUUAUUUUGACCCCGAUAUAUCUUCUUAUAGGUUGCUCAUUACCUUUAUGGUGGAACUAUAAACUACAAAGACCACCAUGUUCUCUAUCCAUGUAUGCUGGACUUAUAUCUGUGGGUGUAGGUGAUGGCGUAGCUUCUGUCAUCGGCAGAAAAUAUGGCAAACAUAAAUGGCCAGGUAGAAAGAAAUCAAUAGAGGGGACAUGUGCUGCCAUUAUAUCACAAAUUAUAGCUGUUUAUCUUCUUUCAUUUGCCAACAUUCCAGGAGGGCUGGUAACCAUGGAGAUUGUUGUAUGUGUUGUUCUGACAUCACUACUGGAGGCAUUAACACAUCAGAUAGAUAAUCUAGUAGUUCCUAUAUUUGCCUGGGUUCUGUUUGCCACUGUAGAACCUACUUAUUAACCAUAUAGUCAACAAAUUCUGUGAUUCUUUAAAACAUUGGCGAUCAUCCAUUUCAACCUCAUAUACUCUGAAUCUUUUGAAAUUUAUAUACUUGUGUAUAUAAUUGUAGACAUUUAUUUUUAUGUCAAGAAAUACCAGGAAAGUGGCUUUAAGUCUCUUAACACAAGUUCAUGGUCUACAGCCCAAGACAGGUCUUUGAGGCCCAAGUCAGAUAAUUCCUUCACUAUUUUAAAAUAUACCUAUAAUAGAAACUCACAGCUAUGAUGUUUUAUAAGUAUGCAUUUCAAGUCAACAUAGUUGAACCUUAGACAGUACGUUAUAUGUAUUAUACAAGAAUAUUUCAUUUAUUUGAACAGAGAAAUGUAUAACGGAAUAUACAUGUAGCUCUGUGAUUCGGAGUGGUAUUUGCUUAUAAGUUAAGCAUUUGUUUAUGUUCAGGCAUAUUUCAAGAUAUCCAACAUAGUGCAAUAAAGAGAUAUCUGUUUGUUCAGAUAUAUUUAUAUAAUUGUGAAGCAUGUACUAAAUUAGGCACGAUUAUUUGGCAAUGUAAAUAAUGUCAAGAAGUUAAUUAUUUUUUUACACCGGCAAAGAAAUGUGGGGAUAAAUAUUAUUUUGUGCAUCUUUUAUACAAAUGUGUUCAUUUUUAUGUUGAAAAUAUUAAAAUAUACUUUGCAGUUUGUUGUAUUUUGCUUCAUCUCAUAUGAUUACAAAAUUUA